UAUUUUUUCUUGUAUACAGUCAAAAUCCAUCGAACCACACCCCUUUGGCUAUGGGAUUUGGAAUAUUCGUUCGGGGCAUGCUCCGUCUCAUAGCCAAUACAGAUCUUUCUGUAGUGAAUGCCAUCUCUCUCCUAUACUCUUGACGGAAGCUCUACUCCUAGGGAUUGGGAGAUGGGUUCUCGUGAUUGGUCAGGGGAACGUAGUCUACCACCAGCUACGUUGCUGUUUAAAAGGGGUUGUUCAGUUCUCCGUUGGCAGCCGUUGCCUUUAGGUCAUAGUAUAUCUUUUCAUCAAUCAGUGAACACAUAUUGUUGAAGUGUUAAAUAAUAUGAAUUUUAAUGGAUUUAACAGUAGGAAAAAGAAAUCUCGAGUGGCUGACAUGGUUCAAAGAGAGAUAGAAAGAGAGAAAGAAAGAAAGAGAGAGAGAGAGAGAGAGAGAGGCAGCGAGGGUGAAUUCACCCUGGGAUUAGGAGAAUCGCGUAGACAGGAGCCGCAACACGCGCGACUAUCCCAAGGACUCCCUACAUCCUCGAGAGUCCCAUUGCAUCGAUCCUUCUCCAUCAGCCUUCUUUGCUUAUCUCGACUUGUUCCGUGAUGCUGAAGAAACCAUGAAUCGACAGUCACGCAUUUCGAGGGGCACGUUAAUGAAGAAAUUAAUAAAGCGAAGGAUAGAUGGAGACAGAGGGAAAGAGAGAGAGAGGGGGGGGGAGAGCAUUGUGAAAAAAUAUAUAAAACGAAAUUAGUUAUUCUCUAUUACAGGAAACGUUCGAAAUGUUUGCAGCCGAUGUGAGUAGCAAUAAAUAUUUGUGGCUCGACUAUCGAAUGCAAUUAUUAGACAACACGUGACUCCUCGUUAUUUUUAACUAUCUCGAUGCACGUUAUAUAACCAUUUCUCCUUUCUGUAUUAUUGAUUCAUUGCCCUGCGAUAUUAUUCGAGUCAUCACCGAGUUUGACCGAUUUUAUAUCAGUUAUCGAUUAAUCGAAUAUCCUCGUUCUUGACUCGAAAAUCGACGAGUAAUUUUAAAUUCUUACGACUUUCGAUCAACCAUAUUAUUCUAAUUCCAAGUAAGAAUCUCAAACUGUGAGCAUAGAAAUUGCUGACUCUUUCUAAGCGGUAACAGUAAGUAUGUACGAAUACAUAUAUACACGAAUAAAUAUCGUGCUUCGAAUAGGACAGAUAGUCAGCAUGACUGGCAAUCUUCACCCUUCACCAUCGACGACAUCCCGCUGACUAUUUAUCUUGUUACAUCCAAGUGAUUCGAUUCUAACAGGAGAUCAAUGACGGCCACCGACCUUCGUGGUUUUCCGGCUUCUUGUUCGCUCUAACUUGCUAACAGUGUAGGUGUUGGAAGACAUUCUGAAGGAUGCUGAUAAACUGCAGAGUGUCUCGUCAUCGCUAAUUCACAUUAGAAAAUAAAUAUUGGAAAUGUAGCAAAGAGCCAAAGUCCGACCUAUCGAAAUGGAAUUUCCUUGCUGUCAACGAUAAAUCAGAGGCAACUUUGCCGAUCGUUUAAAGGACAAUGAGCGAACCGAGAAAACCGUUUGGUAGCAUGACACAGGGUCAACGACGGCAGAGCGUCGUCGUCGUCGUCGUCGUCGUCGUCGCGAUGGCGGUCGGUCAAGACGUAGGACGCAAGUAUUAACGAUAACUACAAAGUAGCGAAAGAAAAACGGCAAACUAACGAUAAAUCAGGGCUAUGGCAUUCCUAAGAUAGUGCUCUACCUGAAAGUCAUUACAGUGGCAAAGUAAUUCCCAACUAAUUCCAUGAAAUCAUGCAUCACGGCGAGCUCGCGCGACCAACUGAGAGAGAAAGAGAUAUAUAGAGAAGAGGAAGGAGAAGAGAAGAGAAGGAAAGAGAAGAGAAGAGAAGAGAAGAGAAGAGAAGAGAAGAGAAGGACGCGCCGAUUUAUUUGCACGAGCGCGAUGCGAGCGCGUCGAUCGACCGAGGAGCCGAGAAUGGAUUCUUUUUUUGUCGAUUGCGAGAGUAGCACGAAAGAUGCAAACGUUGCCAUGUCGAAAGAUAAAGAUCAAGACAGAGAUAUUGGAUGAGAUCGAAGAUUUCUCAGCAAACGACGAACUCGUCGUCGUGGAAGACGUCGAGAAUCCUUUUGAGAAACGCAUAACCACUCUUACGGCCAGAGAACAGCUCGUAUGUACCAUUUGCAGAAUCGAUUUUCCGAAUGAAGAUGAAUUCAAAACUCACAUGAUCCUCCACAGUCACUGCGAACCCUUCCGAUGUGGCUUCUGCUCUAAGCGAUUUUCAAGAUCAUCGAAUUUAGAAAAUCACUUGCAGAGUCACGUUGACUUCGAUUGCAAUUAUUGUUCUCUAAAAUUCCAGGACGAAAGUACCGUACGAAUUCGCGGAAUAUAUCCGAAGGAACGGUGCUUCGAAUGCGGAAUCUAUCAAAAGAAAUGUUCGCGCGAUCGCAAAGCGAGUUACGCAAAGAAAAAGUCGUUCGAGUGCUCGAUUUGCAAGAAGAACUUCUUAAGACGCAGCGGUCUCCGAGCUCAUACCAUCGUCCACACUGCUGAUUCUCCCUACGAAUGUGAUAUCUGUCCCGCAAGAUUUAAAAGAUCCUCCGUUUUAAAGACCCACAAAUUGACGCAUACCGAUGUUAGAAGAUUCGAAUGCGAUAUUUGCAAGCAUCGUUUUCAUUUGAAAGGCGCAUUAAAGCAUCACAUACUCGCGCAUUACGGCGUAAGACCGUACAAGUGCAAGGAUUGCGGCAAGCGUUAUAGAAGAUCCUGGGGCCUAAAGGUUCACAUGUAUCGGCACACAGGAGUGAAGCGCUUCGAGUGCGAUCUCUGUAAGGAUCGUUUCAGCGUUAAGACGAAGCUGGCGAAGCACAUAUACCAACAUACGGGAGAAAAACCGUACAAAUGCGAGUUCUGUGCUCGUCAAUACGAUGAAAGAUAUCUUCUUAAGAGUCACAAAUGUCCGAUGAACUUGGAUACUCUUUCGAAAUGUAAAGUCGACGAUCAUGAUAGAUCUGCCGAGAGGAUCUUGCUCGUUUUGUAACAAUUAUAGUAUGGUCUUCUGAUGAACGAGUAAAAAAGCCUGAUAUAUCGAUAGUUUUAA